UUUGGAAUUUUAUAAGACACUAUUUUCAUUAAAUAUGGAAAUGGGAAACGAAAGCUCUGUGUAUUUUCCACCAAUUAUAAAGAAUACCAUAAGACUAAAUGUGGAACUUAAGUCGCCAAAAACAGAUAAUUACUACAACGUUGUAAAUUACAAAAACAUAAUUGAAAAUAUUGUAGGAAAAGAAAACAUAGAAAUGUAUGGCUUAGAAAAGUCGAAUUCUUCUAACUCUUUUAAGCAAUCUGACGAUUAUCUCGAAGAUACUUACAUCGAUAAUUCAGAAGUUCUACGUGACACAUACCCACAUGGUGUCAAGCCAGAAAUUGACGGUUUUUUCAUAAAUAAAGGGAAGCUAAAAUUAAAAUGUGAUUCUGAAAAAAGCGUGGACAAUAAAAAGGUUGAAAAACUGUUAAUUAAACGGGAAAAUGUGAAUAAGUUGAAAAAGUCCAAACAAAGCAGAAAGCGUGAAUGGAAGGUGUUGAAAACAGCUGGAAGCGUAAAUGUUCCGUGCCAAUCAAAAUUGAAAAAGAAGGAUAAAACUGUGAACAAAAGCUUUCGAAAAGUAGUGCUUCAGCCAUCUACAAGUGUAUUAAGUAAGCCUGUUAUAUCUCCAUAUUUUAUGCACCAUAGACUUUCACCAGUUGCAGUAAUACCGAAACUUCGACUUAAUUUUUAGAAAUAGUUUUUUUUUUUCUUUUCUUUUUGAAAGUUCUAUGAGUUUCCAAAACAUUUUAUUAGAAUAAUUGUUAUUCUUUUACGUCAUACGCUGAGUAUAUCCAAAUUAUUUUUAAGUGGAUUUAAUUGAAAUUUAAGUCAGUAAA